AUGCAAUUCUCGCUUUCAUCUUUUUCCUCGCAAUCACAGGCAAGAACCGGCUCUAUUUCAUUCCCACAAUUUCCUGAUAAGGAGUAUUGUACUCCUGCCUAUAUUGUUCAUACUCGGAGAGGAGCAAUUCCAAUUAUUACUUGCGACCAUUUUGAUGAAUUGAUUGAAAAUGUGCUAGGCUCUAAUGAAAGUGUCAUUUUGAAUAUUAAUUAUUGGGAUUUGAUGGAAAAUCCAAGCCUUGAUGUAUUGGUAAAGUACAAAAAGGAUCAUCCAGAAAAAACUCUCUCAAAUUAUUUACAUUUAGAAAAGUAUCCACUCUUUCAGACAAUUCGGAAUGUGGAAUUUCCGUAUCCAACCAGCCAUGCCAACGAGAAGGGAAUUUACGCAGAUUUAGACAAGGGAAGAAUCAAGACAUCAGCUGAUGAGUUCACAAGCCAGACAUUCACCCUUUUUAAUCCAACUUUAUUUAUUGGAAUGUAUGACACGAGUAUAAAGUGUGCUGUGAAUGGCUCUUUUGGAAGUGGAAAGCAAUGGAAGCGAGCCAAAACGUGCUCUGAGAAAUGGGGACAACACUGUGUCGUUAAGAGACAAGAAAUUGUUGACUCUGGAAAGUCUUUACACAUUCCAGAGAUGUUUUAUUCUGUUUUUUAUGUCAACGAUGAGAUGACAACCUUGCUGCCGCAAGAAUAUUUCUCAAAUACAAAUAAUAUCAAAGGAAUUAAUAUUGAUAUUGCACAAAUGGAUAAUUUAGAGAAAAUUGACAAAAUUAAGGAACAUCUCAAGACCAAACAGAAAUGUGAUGUAGAAAAACUAUUAUUAUUUAUUUCUGGAAAAGAUCAUCCUCUCGAAGUGUUAGAAUGUGUUGCAAAGGGUGUCGACCUGUUUGAUGGAGUUUAUCCUUUUAUUGCAGCAGAAAUGGGAAUGGCGUGUGUGUAUCCAGUGGACGAAGUUGUGAACACAAACUCCUCGAACAAUCACAACACUUUGCAAAAAUCCAACAUGACAAUUAAUCUAAGAGAUCGAAAUUAUGAAAAAGAUAUUUCUCCACUAGAUCCAAAAUGCAAGUGUUUCACCUGUAGAAAUCAUACAAAGGCUUAUAUUCAUCACUUGUUGAACACUCAUGAAAUGUUAGGGGAAAUUUUGCUGACCAUGCACAAUCUUCACAGAUAUCUUUCCUUCUUUAAAAAGAUUCGUGAAUGUAUACAACAGGGUAUCUUUGAAGAUUUCAAAGCAAGUUUUAUACAUUCUGUAACCCUUUAG